AUGACGGAGAGCCAGGGCUGGAGCCUGCUGCACGCGCACUCAGCCAAGACGACCAUGAUCAAGCCUCCUCCGACCAGAGCGGCUCCGCCAAAGUCCUACAGCACCCAGGUGCUCAUCUGUCCCAUAGCAGAGGAACUGGAUCCCCCAGAGUCCCGUAAGGAGACGGCAGCACCUGGUUGUGAUUCCUAUGCAGAAGAAGGCCCAUCCCAUACCCAUCACACCGGCGGCUUACCAAAGACUGUGUUCAAAGUGCUGGGCGGCCUGCUGCUGGUGCUGUGUGUGUCCUCCUCCUGGGUGGGGACCACGCAGCUGGUGCAGCUCACCUACAAGUCUUUCCCCUGCCCCUUCUUCAUCUCCUGGUUCUGCUGUAACUGGAACAUCCUCUUCUUCCCGCUCUACUACUCCGGCUACAUGACCACUCCGCAGGAACGGCAGAAGCUGAUUAAAAAGUUCAGGGACUGCCAUUGUGUUUUUGGGAGUGAGCAGGGGACAAAGCUGAAGAUGUUUGUGAAAAGGACAGCACCUUUCUCCAUCCUCUGGACACUGACCAACUACCUUCAUCUCCUGGCCCUACACAAGCUGACGGCCACAGACGUGUCUGCUCUGUACUGCUGCCAUAAAGCCUUUGAGUUUCUGCUGUCGUGGAUGAUCCUCAAAGACCGCUUCAUGGGAAUAAGAAUUGUGGCUGCCAUAAUGUCCAUCAUUGGCAUAGUGAUAAUGGCGUAUGCAGAUGGCCUGAGGACAGACUCCAUCCUGGGGGUGACCCUCGCCGUGUGCUCUGCCUGCACAUUGGCCCUCUAUAAGGUGCUACUGAAGAAGUUUCUGGAUAACGGCCGGCUGGGCGAGGCGGCCCACCUCUUCUCCACGAUGGGGCUGUUUAACUUCCUCUUCGUGUCCGGCGUGCCCUUGGUGCUAUUCCUCACUCACGUGGAGCACUGGAGCUCCGCAGCGUUGACCUCACCACCCUGGGGUUACCUGUGUGGGAUUGCUAGCCUCUGGCUAGUGUUUAAUAUAUCUGCCAGUGUGGGGAUUUUUUUCACUUACCCCAUCCUCAUCUCCAUUGGCACCUUGCUCAGCGUGCCAGGCAAUGUAGCGGUGGAUGUGCUGAAGCACGAGGUGACGUUCAGCGUGGUGCGCCUGGUGGCCACGUGCUGCAUCUGCCUGGGCUUCCUCCUCAUGCUGCUGCCAGAGCAGUGGGACUCCCUGAUGCUCAGCUGCCUGGCCGCCCUCGCCGAGGACAAGACCAACACCACCAACAGGCCUCCCACUACUACUACUACUCACGGACAUGAACUAAAAGAGCGCAAUGUUGUCCACAUAUGUGACAGCAAAGCCAAUGGGGAUGUCCCGAAUGCCAUUACUUGA